UGUGGAUCGUCUUAGUGAUUCCAGGCAGCUCAGUUAUUUUUUCAUUGGCUUCUUCCACUGGUACCCGGAGCCUGCAGAUUCCAAGGAUGAAUGCUACAGACGUCACAGACACCACACAGGAUGAAACUGCAUACAAUAGUUACUACUUCUACGAAAGCCUGCCCAAGCCUUGCACCAAGGAAGGCAUCAAGGCAUUCGGGGAGGUCUUCCUGCCUCCUCUCUACUCCUUGGUCUUUUUGUUGGGUCUGUUUGGAAAUUCUGUUGUGGUUCUGGUACUGUUCAAAUACAAGAGGCUGAAGUCCAUGACUGAUGUGUACUUGCUGAACCUAGCCAUCUCGGAUUUACUGUUUGUGCUGUCCCUCCCUUUCUGGGGCUACUAUGCUGCAGACCAGUGGGUUUUUGGACUAGGUCUGUGCAAGAUUGUUUCGUGGAUGUACCUGGUGGGUUUUUACAGUGGUAUCUUCUUCAUCAUGCUGAUGAGCAUAGACAGAUACCUGGCCAUCGUGCACGCGGUGUUUUCCUUGAAAGCAAGGACUCUGACCUACGGCGUCAUCACCAGCCUGAUCACGUGGUCAGUGGCUGUGUUCGCCUCCCUCCCAGGCCUCUUGUUCAGCACUUGCUAUACAGAACACAACCAUACGUACUGCAAAACCCAGUACUCGGUCAACUCGACCACAUGGAAAGUCCUCAGCUCCCUGGAGAUCAAUGUCCUGGGGCUGGUCAUCCCCCUGGGGAUCAUGCUGUUUUGCUAUUCCAUGAUCAUUAGGACCCUGCAACACUGUAAGAAUGAGAAGAAGAACAGAGCAGUUCGGAUGAUCUUUGCCGUGGUGGUCCUCUUCCUUGGCUUCUGGACGCCCUAUAACGUGGUGCUUUUCCUGGAAACUCUGGUGGAGCUUGAAGUCCUUCAAGACUGCACCUUGGAGAGGUACCUAGACUAUGCCAUCCAGGCCACAGAAACCCUGGCCUUCAUUCACUGCUGCCUUAACCCCGUCAUUUACUUCUUCCUCGGGGAGAAAUUCCGCAAGUACAUCGCCCAACUCUUCAGAACGUGCCGGGGUCCUCUUGUGCUUUGCCAACACUGUGACUUCCUUCAGAUCUACUCGGCUGACGCCUCCAGCUCCUCUUACACGCAGUCUACCAUGGAUCAUGACUUCCGUGAUGCUUUGUAAACGGGGGUAACAUGGCAUUUAACAAGCUCUACACACCCAGCACCUGCUCGCCUUGUUUCAGUCAGGGUGCCCUGAACAGGUGUCUGAGGAAGAAAACAAGUAAAAACCAAGAUCAUGGCAAGAUGGCUUCUUACCCUGCAGGUGCCUCCCAAGGAUGCUCCCAAGAGGUUCAGAGCCCUGAUGGGUAGAGGAAAUCACCCCUUCAUGAAAAUGAGCCCUUGAUCGGAUCUCUAGUUUUGUUGAACUACCUUGAAUUCUUGGACAUGUCAUAUUCUAUGAAGCCAGAUGUCUGGAGAAAUGAGGAUCCUACAUCUUGACUCUCUUAUUACAGAGGAUGCUUCACUGUAGCCUGUUUACCAGGGUAGAGAGAGAUAAGGAUGCUGGGAUGCUGGGAUGAUCCCUUUUCCACUUGAAACAAGGCGCAUAGAACACAUCUGUUGAAAUUCGACUGCAGUUUUGCUUGCUGGUAUAUGUUUUAAUUGUGACAGGUUAUUCAGAUUGUAGAAGAAGCUCAUCGGGUCAGAGAAGGGUGAAAUGCCUUUGUAAUCACAGCUUCUUCGGGGAUAAGGCCAAGAGAGCGUAGAUUCAAGGAUUGCCUGGACAAUACACUGAAAGCCUGUUCCCAAAUCAAAUCAAAACAAACCCAAAACAAACCCAAACCCACGCCAAGCUAAGCAGUACCCCAAAAGUUAGCUCUGAAAUGUUCCUGUGAGCACCCUAAGUU